GUAACACACGACAUUGGAUCUCAAGUGCAACCAACACUGACGAUAGACAAAAUGGGCAUGAUCACUACGGUUGAACUGGACGAAGGCACUUGUUUCGGACCCCUGCCGAGGGAUUGGAUGAUAGCUGAUCCGGCGUACUUGAUUGCCCAAUCCACGGUGGAUCGAUUGACCGAACUGCCUACCGUGAUGCUAAAUCCGCACAAAUUAUCUGACCCAACUCGUCUAAUCGAAUGGGUCUGUAAUUUGCGCAGCGCACGCUACCCUGGAGAGCAAAAUGUCCAGCUGGUACGAGUACCAUCAACUGGGCAGUACUUUUAUCAGAUUAUCCGCCGCAUUGAAGCAGGCACCGAAAUGUUCGUAUGGUUUCGACGCGACGAUCUCAACCCUCUGGUCGGUCAACUUCUAACAUGUCACAACGCCUUGAAUGAUUGGUUGGGGCGCGAUUACAUGAACAACGACGGGCACCGAUCUGAUGGGUAUACAGCGGAUGCAACCGAGAACAGUGAAACUUCAGUUCGAUUCUCUUGUGCGACCUGCGCAGCCGAGUUUCGCUUCAUUUAUCCUUACGUCAGCCACUGCCUUUUCAAAUGUCGUCACUUACGGAUAAAUUGUGCGCCAUGUGUAACGACCUCGUUCAUAUAUACAAAACCUGCAAGAGAUGCAACCGGACCACCGAUAGAGAGAAUUGCUCCCAGGAUGUUCCAUGAAACAGAUGCAACCACAGUGACAACGAAUACCCACCUGAACAGCACCCUAAUGUCGCAAUUUUGCAGGCCGCCGGGUUUUGCCCAACUGAUCCCAACACCUGAUGCGAUGCCUCUUGUUUCCCCUAAAUUGUUGCCAUCCCAAGAGGAUAAAGCCCGUUAUGUUUCCAUGGUAUUGAAAACCAGUCACGUGACCAACUGCCAUCGAUUUAAAAGCAUCGAUCCACAUAUAGGAGAAAUGAGUAUGAUCGAAGGAAAAAACAAUGAAAAUUUGCCAAACUCCAGUCCAAGGAAAGUGGAAUGCAGACCACCGCGAUCGUAUACGGGGAAGCAGCGCAGCUCGAAUUCCGUUUCGAAUGGGAUGACCAGUGCCCGAAGCAGCGUGCAUUCAAUCAAGACAAGAAAUCCUUUGGUGGAACAGCUGUUGCACGCAGCUGUUCAGCGUAUGAAGAAUCCUGGAGAAGGCUUGGUGAAUUCUACGAGGCUACACAUCUCGCCGUUACCAACAACGGUGCAGAACUGGUGCGCUCGUUGUUCGACCACAUUUCGGUUGACUAGCGACUUGGUGCAACACAUGCGGACGCAUCACAACAGUGGUGUAACAACGGUACGAAAGCGAUCCAGGUCAAAUUGCAAGUCUGCUUUAUUGCAACAUGCCAGCGAUGACAUCGAGGAACCGACUGGCACUAAAAAGUGCUCACCACAGUCAGGACUGUCUAUCCAUUGUCACACUGCAGAGAAGCCGGAGACCACGAUCGCCACCACUGGAGAACUCGGAGUAAUGCUGACAGAUCACUUUACUUGUGGCAUGUGUAGUGAAACGUUCCGUGAACGACACCACUUGACUCGACACAUGAGUUCUCACAAUUGAUAUAUUCCCUUCCCGCAUAAGAUAUUAACACACCAUCCCACUUAUACUACUAUGGAGGAAGCCAGAAUGCUCCAUUCUUCUAACGAUAAAGCGGUAAGGUUGAACAUGGUAGCUGAAUGAUAGGCCUGUGCACUCAAUCUGUGAAAUGUUAUCCCAUUCACCGAUCAUUGUAAUGAAGUAGUUUCAUCCAA